AUGAGAACAUGCCCUACAACAGCAAAGGAGGUUAUUCUUGAUUUCACUCCACUUCACCCUAUUAUUGAAAGUGCUGCUAAGGGAGCUAUCAUGAGAUUUGCCAAGGAAGGAACUGGGGCUGGAAAAUGCAUAGGCAACAGAGAAAGAGAAUUCCUGUCCAGAUCCUCAGAAGAAAACUUCCUUAACUUUCCAAGAGAUGCAAUGGUCACAAAUUAUAACUUUGUGAAAAACUACAAUAUACAUCUCAGUAGUAAAAAAGAUUGGACGGGUCGAGAACAGCAGAAGGUACAGGGGCAGGCGUCUUUGGGCCAAUCCCCAAGUAUCUUUCAAGCUGAGGUGAAUGCCAUUGUAAAAUGUGCAGAAAUAAACCUCGAAUUAAAACACCGGAAUAAAAACAUUGCCAUUAUGUCUGACAGUCAAGCUGCCCUAAAAGCACUUAAAUCCUACGAAAUCAACUCCAAGCUAGUAUUGGAGUGUAUAGGAAAACUUAACGAACUUGGCAAAAUAAACAAAGUCACUCUCCACUGGGUACCUGGGCACGUUGGUGUCCAGGGUAACGAGGAGGCGGACUCCUUAGCAAAAACGGGAGCAAAUUCCCCUUUAAUGGGACCCGAAUCGUAUUGCGGAAUAGGAGAAAAUGUCAUUAAAAAUAAAAUAAAACUAGACGAGGAGUCUAGGAGAGCAUAA